UGAGAGAAAAAUAAUUGUCUCAACCAAUAAUUAAUACAUGUUGCAACUCAAAGUUUUGACUUUAGAGAUGAUCCAAUAACGGACCAGUUUGAGGAGUCAAUAAUUGCCUUUAUCAAUCUGCCCAGCCGCAACCCUCCGAGUUACUUAGGAAUGGAUGGACAAAUCAAGUUUCGUGUUUAGAAAUGGUAGUAAAUGCUACUACUAAGCAGCAACCACCCCGGCUGCCUAAUAAACCACCCUUGCAACUGUCACGCGACAUCUGCCCUUGCGCUAUAAUAUUUUACAACCACCCUUUGGUCCCUCAUUUAUUGUCUCCCACAAACUCUUCUUUAGUUUUGUAUACCCAGAAGAUUUAUGGUCCAAAAGCAUCCUCUCCAUUUUCUAUUCAGCCAACCUGAACAUGCAGCCGUAGGGCAAAUCACAAAGAACAACCAUCAUCUUCUUCUCGAGAGAUCAAGGGGAAAAAAAAAAAAAGAAAGAAAUGGGCGUUGAAAUCCAGAACUUCGUCAAGGUAUGGACUGCAGCAGUAUGGUCUCAAUUUUACACUUACUAUGUAGUCUCAAGAAUCCCAAGUGGACUGCUCACCAGACUUGUUUCGCUUGUGCCCAUCUUUUACCUCUUCAUCAUCCUCCCCCUCAGCCUCUCUUCCUUCCAUCUUGGAGCUCCCACCGUUUUGUAUCUAGUUUGGCUGGCCAACUUCAAGCUCCUCCUCUUUGCCUUCAACCUAGGCCCCUUGUCAUCACACCCUCCCUUAUCCCUCCCACAUUUCAUCGCCACUGCUCUUCUCCCCAUCAAAGACAAAGACGACCCAACUCAUUUCCGUCCCUCCUCAUCAAAUGAUGCUCAAAACAGCAGCAUCAAACGACGUCCCCCAUCCCAAAUUACUCCGGAAAUCAUGCGCAAACGCCGGCAGUUUAAGAUUAUUCGUUUCACCAUUAAGCUCGUCGUUUUGGUAACAGCGAUCAGUUUAUACCGUUAUAGGGCGCAUUUGCACCCGUGUUUCGUCACGGCCAUCUACUGCUGCCAUAUGUACCUUGGCAUUGAGUUUGUCCUGGCGCUCACAGCCGUCCCGGUUCGAGCCAUCCUAGGACUGGAACUCGCGCGGCAAUUCAACGAGCCGUACUUAGCCACCUCGCUCCAAGAUUUUUGGGGUCGUAGAUGGAACCUGAUAGUUAGCACCAUUCUACGUCAGAUCGUAUACGAUCCAGUUAAGAGCAUAUUUACUCCAAAAUUGGGAAGGAAUUCGAGCUUGGCGGUAGCAACUUUGGCCACAUUUUUGGUAUCUGGAAUUUGUGUGACUCUUGAGAUCUAUGUCAAGAAGGCGGUGGCCGGCCGGUGGCGGUUGCAUAGGGCUGCGUCCGGGCUGCUCACCGUGGGAUUUGUGGGUGUCACUAGUGCUUGGUUGUUCUUUCCUCAAUUGAUUAGAUACGGUGUGGAUCAAAGGGUCAUUGAGGAGUGCCAUGCUUUCCUGAGUUUCCUUGGGAAUAUCUUGAGCCUGCCCACCUCGUACUGGAGACGUAAAUUAUGAGUACUUCGAUUCAUUACUUCCACCCUGUGAUCUCGUGAGACCAACAAAAUCAAUCCUUAUUUGUAUGUUUGCCAGAUUUCAAUUUAUAUUAUUUUGUUAUUUCAUUCGAUCCUUA